AUGUGCGAGCACUGGGCAGAGGUUGUUGUGAAACUGUGGAAGAAUGGAUUCACAGUGAAUGAUGGUGGUCUCCGAAGCUACACAGAUGCUGCAGAUCAGAAGUCCUUGGAGUCAAUAAAAAGAGGGCAAAUUCCUUUGGAGCUGGAUAAAGCAUUCACCGAUGAGGAGUUGGUAAAGGUAGAGGACUGUAAGAAUGAAGUGUACAUGCCAGCACAAAAGGUGUUUCAUCCUUUCAGGAAGCAAGGCUACAGACUGGGAAGGUGUAGGUUUGAAUAUGAAGUGAGCUCCACUAAUCAAGCAGAGCUGGUGCCUCUAAGGCAGUGCUGCUCUCAGAGUAAUACCGGAACCCUGGCCGUCAAGCUCAGUAACUCACAGCCCAUCACACGCAUUCAGAUCUGGCUGGCAGAUGGAAGGAGACUGGUGCAGAAAUGUAAUCUAUUUUAA